UUCACUAACUCACACCAACAAUCAUUCUCUCCCUUACAUUCAUUCUUCCUUCACCAUCAUACGAUUCUCCAAUCUCCACCACCACAAGAAUCGACACUGCAAUUUCCGGCAAUGGUGAUGCGUAGAAUAUUGUUUCUAGUUUCUCUGUUGAUUCUCUCUUUGUCAUGUUUCAAUGUGGUUCACUCAGCCAAUGCGCCUGCUACUUCUCCCAGACCCGCAAACAACCCGCCUCCGCCGCAUUCUCCCGCGGCUUCUCCGGCGGUUACUCCCGCGGCUUCUCCUCCGCCAUCCCCUCCAAGCCCUCCGGCUCACUCUCCGCCUGCCGCUUCUCCCGAAACCUCUCCGCCGACUUCAUCGAGUCCUCCGGCAUCCUCGCCGGCCGUCUCACCGGCAACUCCUCCUCCGGCGUCACCCGUUUCUCCAGCAGCUAGCCCGUCGGCAAAUGGGCCGGCACCGGUUCAAGCACCGGCCUCCUCUCCGCCGACUGUGGCCUCUCCCGUUGCGACUCCUGUGAGUACUCCAGAGUCAAGUCCGCCGGUUGCAGAGAGUCCCGAGGUUGCGGCAACGCCUUCGGAGUCUGGCAUUCCUUCUUCUGCAACUCCGUCGGAGUCUCCGGCGAUGUUCCCGUCGAGCAGCAGCCCACCAAGUCUGACGCCGGCGGGUCUGUCGCCUGUGGAGGGUCCAGCUAGUGAUGAUACGUCGGGUUCGGAUUCCAAGUACGGAGUUGGGUUCAUUUUGAGUGGGAUGUCUAUCUGGGUGGCUUUGGCCCUCUAAAUUCUUUCUCUUAGAUUUUAACUUCAUUAUAUAUAACUUGUAUCUUGUCUAGACUAUUGUAUUUCGAAUCACAUUUCGUUGAAUGAUAUUCAUUUA